UUGUACGACGCUUUCCCUCCCUGCAAAACCGAGUUAAGACACUUGAAACAUUUGAAAAAUAAAGCCGAAAAUACAUUGAAAUUGAUACAAAACUCAAAUCUUUGCGUCUUUAGGUCGUUUCGAAAUAAAUUUGGGUGCAUGCUCUGUCCGUUGAAAUACCCAGUCUUCAGUGAUUUGAGGGAACACUACAGCACGCAUAGAAACACUAAAUGGCUCUCGUCAAUCGUCCGCAAACUACGCGGAAUAAAUUGUAAAAAUGCAGAAGUAACAAAUCUAAAAUGCAACAAGUGUUCAGAAAACUGCAACAAUCUGACAGAAUUAAUUGAACAUUUAAAAAGUAAACACGAAAUUUCAUUACGUGGAACAGAGCAUUAUUUAGUGCCAUACAAAUUGCAAGAUGGCGGCCCUUACCAAUGUCAGCUGUGCGAUGAAAAAUUAAAAUCUUACAUGAAAUUAACUAUUCAUAUGAAUAGCCAUUUUCCGAAUAAUGUUUGUGAGAUUUGCGGGCAGUCUUUUAUGAACCGCCGGAGUCUAAGCAUGCACGUUCAAUGUCAGCACAAAGAAAAGAAAUGCACGAAAUGUCCUGCCGUUUUUUUGACAAAUGGAUCCCGUAUCAAGCAUAUGAGACAAGCUCACGGGAUAAGAAACUCUAAACGUUACUGCAAUUUAUGCAAUAAGCAUUUUCCUUACGCUUACAUGGUUGACGAACAUAAGAUAAAGGAACAUGGCUUCAAAAGACCUAUUUGUAAUUGCCCGGAAUGCGGCAAAACGUUUAGUAAGCCGUUGAAUUUGAAAACUCAUAUUCGUAGCGUGCAUAGGAAGGAACGGAAUUAUCCGUGUCCGAAGUGCGAAUUGCGGUUCUUUACGAGUUGCGAUAAGAAACGCCAUGAAAAAACUCAUGAAGAGUUAAGAUCGUUUUGCUGUACUUAUUGUGUUAGUAAGUUUAAGAGUAAAGAUUCGUGGAGAAGGCAUUUGAGGAGACAACAUGGGCAUGUGUUCAGCGGCUUAACAUUGAGUAAAAGUGACUGUAUUGAAUGAGUCGGAACUGCGGACUACCUAGCGGGUUUAUCAGAGCUCCGGCUAGAAAAGCAGGAGUAGGAACGGGGUGGUUUUCAGUCAGUAAGAGUCUGACACUCCCUCUCGCCUCGCCCAAGACGCGAGAAGACAUUGGAUGAUUUUCCCCUCAUAAAAAAAAGCAUUGAAUGAGAUUCGUCAACGUUUUGGUCGAUAGAAAUAAUAUCUACCAAGGCUUGAGUAAAUAUACAGGGUUAAAGGGUAAGUCGACCUAAAUCCUUUAAGACGUAAUAGUUUACAUCAUUCCUGACUGAUUUGACCAUGGGACCCCAUAUCCCAAACUUAACCGUUUUCAAAUUAUCGGCAUUUUAACUUUUUUGAUAAAAUUUCCCAUUUUUUUGGCUAUUUCUCCCUUGUUUUGUCUUUGGUGGCUAAAUUUUGUUUUGUUUUUGCUUUUUUGUGUAGUAGAUUAGUUGCUUUAUUAUUUAGAAAACUAAAACUGUAAAUAACUGUACCAACUGAGUCGUAGCAGACGAUCGAAUGUUAAAAAAGUAAAUAAAUUUGUGAUAAGUUGUUUUUCUUUAUAAGAUAUUUAAAAAAAAGUCUAUGACAACUGUUCUGCAAAUGUGCGUUAAAAUAUCUACAAUUCUUCAGCUUUCUGAUAAGGUAUAACAUGAUAGGGAAUAAUUUGAAUUCUUUGCCAAAACAUCGAUGAAGUACUACAAGGUAGUAGUAAUAAGAAUAUCGAUAUUUAGGCUUCAAAUUUAACUUGAGUCAGAUAACAAAAUAAAACAAACUGGUUCACUUCACUUCAGAAGGAGUGUCAGGGAGUGGCUUUUUUUUUUGAGUGGAGAAAAUCAUCCAAUGACUUCUCCCACCUUGGGCGAGGCGAGAGGAAGUGUCAGACUCUUACUGACUAAAAACCACCCUGUUCCUUCUCCUGCUUUUCGAGCCGGAGCCCCGGUAAACCCGCUAGGUAGUCCGCAGCUCCGGAUCAGGCAUCAGCCCUACUGGGCUCCAUCUGUGGUGGUCUGAUGGCUCUUUGAGGCGCGCGCGGAACGCUACGCGUCGCACGCACGGGUCUGGUUCUGUUCGGGCGGUGAGCUACCCUUGCUCGCCGUCCGCAGGCCCGCACUGGACACUAAUUAUCCCAAUAAGUGGAUCGGGAGAGGCGGACCUGUACCGUGGCCAGCUAGAAGUUCAGACCUGACCCCUAUGGAUUUUUAUGUGUGCGCCUCAAAGAGCCAUCAGACCACCAUAGAUGGGGCCCAGUAGGGCUGAUGCCUGAUCCGGAGCUGCGGACUACCUAGCGGGUUUACCGGGGCUCCGGCUCGAAAAGCAGGAGAAGGAACAGGGUGGUUUUUAGUCAGUAAGAGUCUGACACUCCCUCUCGCCUCGCCCAAGGUGGGAGAAGACAUUGGAUGAUUUUCUCCACUCAAAAAAAAAGCCACUCCCUGACACUCCUUCUGAAGUGAAGUGAACCAGUUUGUUUUAUUUUGUUAUCUGACUCAAGUUAAAUUUGAAGCUUAAAUAUCGAUAUUCUUAUUACUACCUUGUAGUACUUCAUCGAUGUUU